GUGAUGAUGAUGAUGAUGAUGAUGAUGAUGAUGGAUAUACACAAAACAAGAAUUGGCAGAAAUAGUAAAUAGAUUUGUAAUUAUGCGUGUGAGCAUUCGCCUGAUAAUUCCUCCAAAGCUGAUGAUGAAUACUUGUUUAUUAAUAGCUAUGGCAAUACCUAUUAAUAAUUAAUGACCAUUUUUUUUUUUAAUUAUGAUUUUUGCAUCAGUGACUUCGGCUGUUUCAUCAAACAAAUCUCUUAUUAGCCGAAAACUGUAAAUCGUGUGCAGGGCAUUUGUCCUUACAUUCGAACAUUGCCCCUAUAAAUCUAGGAACAAGGAUUGCAUUUUGAUACGCAACCAAGAACCAUAAUUAUGGAAACCAUGCAAGAAGAGCUCAAGGUCACAAUCCAAGACUCCACACUUGUUUUCCCCUCACAAGAAACCCAAAACAGAUCCUUCUUCUUGUCUACACUUGACCAGAUUCUCACUGUCAAUAUCCAAGCAAUCUACUUCUUUCAACCCAAUCCAGAUUUCACCCCACAGGUUGUGGCCCAAAGGAUGAAAUUGGCUCUCCAGAGAGUUCUUGUCCCAUACGACUUUAUGGCCGGAAGACUCAAGCGGCACCACCACUCGAGCCGCCUUGAAAUCAACUGCAACAUGGCCGGAGCCGGCUUUGUGGUGGCUUCAUCGGAGUUUUCGCUGGACGAGAUUGGAGAUUUGGUUUUUCCCAACCCAGGAUUUCGGCAACUUGAUGCCCAAACCUUGAACCAUUUGGAUGCCGAUGAUCAACCGCUCUGUGUUUUUCAGGUAACUUCAUUCAAGUGUGGUGGCUUCUCAAUUGGAAUGUCAUUUAAUCAUUCCUUGCUCGAUGGCACCUCUGCAAAGAUAUUCCUAGAAAAUUUAGCAUCACAGGCAUUUGAAGAUAAACCACUGGCAUUCAUCCCUUGCCACGAUCGCAACCUUCUUGCCGCCAGAUCACCGCCGCACGUCGAAUUUCCACACCCUGAGUAUCUGAAGAUCGAUAUUGGCCCAUUUCUGGCCAGCCCUCUGCUAAUGCUUCAUGAAUUCCAAAAAAAAAUGGAAAUCAAAAUCCUGAAACUAAGCUCAAAGGACAUCAAUUUCUUGAAAUUAAAGUCAAAGGCAGAAGAAGUAGAUGAUGAUCAUAAUGCAACCACCACCGCCAAACGAAGAAGAAGCAUCACCACCUUUAACGUUGUGGCGGCACUUAUAUGGCGGAGCAGAGCUUUGUCGUUGAACGAUAAAGACAGAGAGUUUACUGUCCUUACCUCCGUUGACAUCAGGCAGAGGCUGAAGCCGCCAUUGCCGCUUGAAUACUGCGGGAAUGCAGUAUUAGUAGCUUAUGCAUCGGCAAAGUGCAAAGAUAUCGAACAAAGGCCGUUUUGGAAGCUGGUGGAGUUGAUCGCAGAUGGGCACAAUAGAAUGACGGAUGAGUACGUUAGAUCUACUAUAGACUGGUUCGAGACCAACAAAGGAAUACCUUUUGGAGAUUGCCACGUCACUUCAUGGUUGAGAAUGGAGCUUCAUCAAGUGGAGUUUCCGUGGGGAAAGCCACUGUGCUCUACCCCUUUGGUCAACCAUUUGGUCCCUUUUAAUUGUAUACUGCCAGAUGUUGAUGGAGUUAGCAUCAUGAGUGGACAGCCUGUUGAGGAGAUGGAGAGUUUCCAGUACCACUUUCAUAACUUCUUAGCAAAUACUUCUUAGAUAUAAUGUAUAGUAGUCACAAUAAUAAAUAAAUAAAAUAUUUUAGUGUAUUGUAAA